AUGUUCAUCAACAAGUCCACCUUUGCCCUGGCCUGUGUCGCCUUGGCCAACCUCGUCUCUGCUGGCCAGACUCCCGCCUGUCUCUUGUCGGUUGUCGGCCACUCGCAGAACCCCGCUGAUAUGAAGACCCUGUGCGGAUCCGGCUCGAAGGAUCUCGUCUCCAAGAUUGGAGACAAGUGUGGUGACAACAGUGAAGCCGCUCUCAAGUUCUACGCCAGCACUUGCAAGGCCGCCGGCUACACUGUCAGCAUCGACACUUCCACUGCCAGCUCUUCCUCCGGCUUCAUCACCGCCACUGCCACCGCUUCGGGCUCUGCCAGCGGCACUGCAGGUGUUGUCGCAUCCAGCACUGCUACCGGCACCUCUGGCUCUGGCUCUACCACCGGCUCCGGCUCCAGCUCCAGCUCUUCCAGCUCCGGCGCUUCUGGCACUUCCUCCGCCGACCCUCCCGUUGGCACCCUCAACGCUGCCGCCGGUCUUAAGCUUCAGGGCUCAGCCGUCGCUGCUGCUGUCUUUGUGGGCUUUGCCGCUUUGCUUUAG